CGCCAUUUGUAUACAUUUUGUUGCUUCGUCUUGGAAUGAUAAUCGAGGAGAAAACUUAAAUACUGGAGGAAUAGAGGCCAGACAUGUCUACACCGAGCAAGAAAAGACGGGUUAUAGCGUAUCAGUCUAAAUAUGGCUCUGACGUCAUCAAUAUUUACAAGUGUGGGGACUGUCAAGGUUUUUUCCCGUCCUUGCAAACUAUUCACACGCAUUUUGAAUCCUGUGCUAAAAAAUUAAAUCCGCCAGCAUGUCAAAAUCAAUUUCCAUUAGAAGAAUGUCCAGCAAAAACAGUAAAAGCUUCUGACCAAAACAUAUCUCUAACGGAAUACACUUCCAAAAAUGGAACCAUAACCAAUUCAGUAAGUUCAAACGGAACCCAGCAGCAUUUAGAAGGCACAAAAGACGCUUCUAGUAAAGUCAUAGAAUCAGUAAAUAGUUCAAAUAUAGACCACCGGCAGUUAGAAGACGUUUCUGUUGAAGUUAGUGCUACAUCAGUUGACUCUUCCAAAGGAUUCGUAUUUGAAUCAGGUGACACUUUCAAUGAACUCACUGUCAAAUCAAACAAUUUAAAUAGAAACGAUUCACAGAUCGGCUCUUCGGGUGAAAUAAAGACUGAACUAUUUGACUUGGCAGGUGGUAAAGCCAAUGAACUUGCUUCCGACUCAAUAAAUAUUUCAAACAGAAACCAUCAAGUCGAGUUAGACACUCUCUGCGAAACGAAAACUGAAUCAUUUGACAGUUCAAAAGAAAUUUGUCAUCUUUUAGGAGACACGUCUAAUGGAUUUGUGUCUGAAUCAUUAAUCAUUUCAAAUGGAAGUCAGUUUCAGCUCGAAGGCACUCCCACCGAAACUACAAAACAGUCAAACAGAAACCAGUUUCAGACAGUAAAAGCAUCACGGGAAAUUGAAUUUGAAUCAAUAAAUGCUCUUAAUGGAAACGUAGGCCGCCCUUCGGAUGAAACCACAGUCGCGGGUUUUAAUAGUUCAUGCGGAAAUCAGAAUGAUCAGGAAGAAACCUCUAAAAGCAUAGACAUUUUAGUAGAUAAGCAGGUAGAGUCAGAAGAAACUUCAGAUACCUUUACAAAUAUAAAUAAAACUGAAUGCAAAUUAUUUGGAAAUCAUUACAGCGCAGGUACAGGCAUAAUUGGAGAACUUAAAUGUGAAACUGUUUCUGAAGAAGACGAUGCAGACAUAGUAGAGAUUAAUGUUUCAAGUGGUCCAUUCUGUGCAAGUUAUGACGCAAAUUGUAGACUUACAAGUAAAAAUUCAGAUAUUCGUUUUUCGUGCACAACGCCUAUUGACACCUUAGUGGGCUUGUCUGGGAAUCGAAAGCGGAAAUUUUGUGAUGAACAGAGUUGCAAUGCUAGUAUUUCUGCUCCUGUGCCAAUCACCGUUACAACGGUAAACACCAACUGCUCUGAAAACUACCGAACAGUAGAUACGAAAAGAAAUGAUUCUAUUUACGUAGAAUGUGUUAUAGAAGACUCCAACGAAGAAGAAAAUGAAGCCAAAUUCACUCCAUUUGAACAAGAUUUACAUGUAUCAUUCAAUUACCAGAUAUCUGACAAUAAUUCUCUUACAUCAGAUUUGCCUUGCAGGCAAUCAAACAUUGAAAAUAUGAAUAAAAAUCAAACUGGUGAAGUUGGAUGCUUGGAUGAAAAAGAUGAAAAACUAGCAGAUAUUUAUGACGAACCCCAAUACCAGAGUACUAAAAAAUUCUCUAAAAAUAUUGAAAAUACAAAUAAUUAUGUGACCGAUCAAGUGAAAGUAACUCCAUUAGAAAAUAACAGGAAUAUCUCUAACUGUAAUGGAAAUGAUUCAAAAAUUAAUAAUGCAGGAAUUGAUUACACCGGCAGUGAAGUUCCGGAUCCGUCAAAUUCGAUCUUACAUAUUAAGUGCGAAGAAACAGGAAAUUGCGUAGUAUCAGUUGAUAUUUCGUCAACAAACACGGAAAAGAAGGUCGUUUCAAACAGUGAGCUCAUGAGUGACGAGAAAAUGGAAGAUUUAGUAUUAGAGGGGUGUAUUGAAACAUUUUCUGAGAAAGUCAGUCAAGACUUAGGUAUAAACAUAGAUCAGCAACUUAUGAGGUGUCACACUAAAGAAUGUAUCAGUGAAAACAAAUCAGCUAACAAAAACGAUACGAUAAGGCCUAACCAGUCGCGUGUAUUGAUCACUUAUAAUGAAAAAGAAAACACAGACCUAAAUCUAGAAUGCGAAGAUAACGUUAUUUGUGUUGAGAAUAAUAUGUUACCUUCAGCAGUGGAUAUUUCUGAUGAGCAACGUACCUUAGAAGAUCGUACUAGGAUAGAGUUCGUUGAGAUGGAUAAUCAUUUAGAGUUAAGAAAACGAGAAAGUAACCUGAAUGCACUUGACAAAGAUGUUACAAAUACAUUUCAGUAUAAACUUAAACAUCUAUCUGUGACUCUCGAACGUCUCGAUAUACCUUCAGCUAUGAAGUGGAUUACUGAAGAGUCUCCUAAUAUAAACGAAAAUGAAUCCGGUUUACGUGAGAAUACUGGUCAGUUAAAUAAUUGCAUGGGAUCGGAAGAACAAAAUGAACCUUGUAAGGGAAUUAGCCAGACUGUCAUUGCCGAUAAAGAAGCAGUGGUACAAUCAAUUUCAAAUGAUCAUGGAAGUAACAAAUAUAAAUGCCACGACGCUGAAACGCGUAGUAGUAGUUUGAAUGAGAAAGAACCAAGUAGAUAUACUAGAGAAAACACUUUUUGUGAAGAUAAUAAAUCGGACGGGCAUCUUAGUAUUAAAAUCAAUAACGAGGUAGAAACUAAACCGGUAAGAUGCAUUGAAGAAAUCAGAAAUGACGAAACAGGCCCUGAUAACGGUUUUGUUUCGGAAGAUUUACUAGAAGGAAACGCAGCAGCUGAAGACAGCGUAUUGAAUAAAAACUGUAAAUACUGUGAAAAAUGUAACACACAUUUCACUGAACUCAGUUGUUACAUUAAUCAUUUAAUAUUAUAUCAUCAUCCUGCUUAUACCAGAACAGACUUGACUUGGUGUCCAUUUUGUACUAGCAGAUCAUAUAGCAGUUACUAUAAUAGCCAGUUAAACAGACACAUAAGCUUCGUGCACAAGCUUGAUGAAAUGAAAUGUCUUAGGUGUGAACUGAGAUUUGAUACAUAUUGUAAAUUGCACAAACAUGUAAAUGUUUGCAAAGCAAGAUUUCCAAGACGUCUUCACACUCAACCACUUUUUUACUCUAAAAGGGUUCAAUGCGGGAAAUGUAAAGCUUUUCAUGUUUAUAAACCUUCAAGCAAUUCAGGCGAUAUCCUCAAAGACAUUGUUCGAACACUUCCCAAUGACAAAGAAGUAAAUGUUUUAAAGGGGAAAAAUGAAAAGCUUCAAGGAAGUACAGCGAAAGUUGUCCCAGAUGAUGGUCUUCAGUGUAAAGCAUGUAAGCUCGUGUUUAAACAUUUAACAUGUGCUUUGAAUCAUGCUAUUAUUGCCCACAUGAAAGACACUUUAAAGACCAAAUGCAGUCUUUUCCAUAAAAAGAUAAGCAAAGGUGUAUGUGGUUUAUGCAAUAAAGGGCAUGCGAUUGUAUUCCUGCCAGUCAAAAAGAUGCGAGAUCUUUUAUUAACUUGUGGAAACAGAAAAAGUGCUUCAGAACAGUUAAACUCAAUUGAUAAAAAGUCUCUGGCCAUGAUACGAGAUGGUCUGGUAAAGUACUAUUGUUACAAGAAUCCAGAAGAAGUUCUGUAUAUAGGGCAUGACAAUCAUUUUUGUAAGGAAUGUAAUAAUCAUGUUGGACCGUUUGUUUGCGGUUUAAAUCAUAUGAUUGUGACACAUUUUAGUCGAGCUAACAUUGAUAUUGCAGUUAAAUCCUGUUUUUUGAAUCGAAGAAUGAAGAGCAAGAAAUGUUUGAAACCUUGCAACAACAGACAUUUUUUCAUAGUUCCAGAUAUACGUAGACUGAAGUAUUGUCUUGCAUAUGAAUCUGAAGACAAUACUGAUCAUAUGAACGAAUCGCUCAAAGAAGGUCAAUUAUCACUUACAUCUUUCGAGUCUUCCAUCAUCAAAAAACUGCGAGAAAUAUUAGUCAUAGAUAAGGCAUUGAAAAAGUCUAAAUUAGAAUACAAUUUGAAAAUAGACGUGAAUGUUGUUGCCGCAAAAACAAAGGAAGAAAUAUCCAGAGACAUGGAAUACCGAGUAGCCUAUGUAAAUGCAAACUUCAUAUGCCGCUUGUGUCACUCACAAUACAGUCAGUAUUCUUGCUGUAAAAGCCACGUGUUAACGGAGCAUACAGUCCUCUACAAUUACAGAAAAGGUUCAGAAGUGUAUACAUGCCCAGAAUGUAUGAUGAAUUUUUAUUCUUUACAUCAACUAGACGUUCAUCUUGAACAACUUCACAGCAUUUACAAGUUCACGUGUAUAAAAUGUGACGCAAGAUUUAGCACAUACAGUGCGUAUUGUAGUCAUGUCAAGCAUGGCAAAAGUUUCAUACAGACACAUUUUAAUGAAAAACUGUCUUGUCAAAAAUGUAGACUCUUGCAUAAUUGUACAGUGCAAAAUGGAGAAGAGGAACUGAUUACUUCUUUAUCAUCAGAAAAUGAGAUCAUCUUCAAGAAUGUACGGACAGACCGAACAAUGCAUGUGGACGAAAGUCGGCCUAGCUCUGAAAUUGCAGACCAUUCAGAACAAAACAAAGAUAGUUAUUCAGAUGUUGCUUUUGAUGGUCAACAGUUUGUUUGUUUAGUAUGUCUGAAACAGUUUAAGGAAUUAAGAUGUUGUUUCACACAUGUAGUUAUGCUGCACUACCAAAAAGCGGACCUGAUAUGCAAUAUAUGUCAGAAAACCUCCCGUCAAAAAUUUGCACACAUUUCUCACUUGAAAGAUAAACAUGGACUUGAAGCUCACUACUGUCGUCACUGCUACACGGGAUUUGAAUGUAUCGUUUUGCGCGAUAAUCACGCGGAACAUUGCAAAACUCGGACAAACAAAGUGCCAGAAAAUGUCGAUGAAAAUCUGUGUCGCAAAUGUUACUCUGUCCACACACACUUGCAAGAAGGUAAUGCAGAUUCAUCAUGUGACGAAUGCGAAUUAGGAUUUUCAAGUAUCGGAUGCGCAAAGAAUCACUUCUAUCAUAAACAUUUUCCAUCAUGGGUCAUCCUGGCUUCCUCCAAAAAUGUAUUCAGGUGUCCAUGUGGAAAAGAAGUUUUAAAGAGAUCUGAAUUAACUUUACACAUUAAGAAUAACCACGGUUCAAAAAAAGACAAAAUAGAUCAAGGUAAAACACUUCCACCAGAAAAUCAGGAAAAAUUAGAAAACAUUGACUAUGAUAGUUAUUUCAGAACCAAGGAAGAUUUGGAUAACAAGUGUGUGGGAUGCGAACACGUUCAUAUCAUCGCCUCAAAUACUGGACGAGUAAAAAAGAGGAAGGCAACCACAUCGUGUAAGGUUUGUCAAAAAACAUUUUCUGGUCCUAACUGUCUGCAAAACCAUGUACUAGCUGAUCAUUCAAGUAAAUUCCAGCCGCGGCAAUGUGUCGGAUGUGGCCUUCACUUUGCAGGAUCACGGACACUUAAACGUCAUCAAAAUGAAUAUCUGACUCUAAACGAUGGACAAGAAAAUGAAAUGGUUGUUGACAAAGCAUGUCGCAGAAAUGUUGCCAUUGUUAAAUGUGAUGAAUGUAAAGAAAUACAUCAGCAUCAGUUCUCCUUGGAAGAAAAGCAACUAAAAACAGCAAAAUCUCCAAAAGCUAUCAAAGAUGAAAGGCACAGAAAAGUAGAUUAUCAUAGAAAGGUACAUAAAUGCUGUACUUGCAGUCUUGUUUUUACAAAUUGGAAAGACUUAAUGGCUCAUCGGAGGUCUAUACAUGGAAAGAUCAAAGAUGAGAAAGGAGUCAUAUGCCAGGUUUGCAAUAAGGAAACUGACAAAAACAUGUUUUACUCCGAACAUUUGAAACAAGUACAUUGCAGCUUUGCAUUUGUUCAAGGUGAAUUUCUGGAUGACUUUGAAAGGAAUUUUUCAUGUGUUUAUUGCGAAAAGAACUUUUCAUUUGUGAUGGAUGUCCAAAUGCAUCUUCGCUCAAAGCAUUUUGGAAAACAACUUGCUGCCAGGAAACAUUACAGACCUGAGCUAGAGGGAAUCUUAACGAAAGGACUUCGUAUCCUCCAGUGUCCAGUUUGUUUGAAACUUGAAAACGGUAGUGUCCGCUGCCACAUAGAUCAACAUUUCAAUGAUAUUUUAGGUAAAGAAAAAUCAAAAGAAACUGUUUGUGACAUUUGUGGUAAAGGUUUUCGGUUUAAGUGCACACUUGUAGAACAUAAAGCUUCCCACGCCGGCACUCGAAAGUACAAAUGCCCCAUUUGUGAAAAGUCGUUCAUAUAUUUAGUUAAUCUACAAACGCAUUCUCUGGUGCAUGGAGAGAAGAAGGAAAAAUGUUCAAUAUGCGGGAUGAAAUUCACAUUACCUCAUCACGUGAGAGCACAUAUUAAAAGAAAACAUCCUGAUCAUGCGUAAAUGGCGGAUUGAAUUAAUGUUAUAGUGUAAAAGUUAACGUACAAAAUAUGAUAAUUGGUUGAAAAUCUUACUGGUGGUGUGCCCCUACGAAAUUUUUGUUUUCUUAAUAAUCAAUACUAGGCCAAGAAAUUAAUUUGGGUGUAUUUCUAUACUGAGCAAAAGAGCGAACCCGCCAUUUGUGAGUUUUGCCAAUAUCUUAAAAAUUUAUAGUAUAUUCUUGAAAUUUAGCAUACGCUUACUGAUAAAAUUUCAGUAUUUCACACAAUCAGGCAGUAAGAUCAUGUACACUGAUGCAUUUUAUGUCUACAAACGUUUUUUGAAAAGUCACCAAAAGACACAAAAAUGGCCAGAAUUUAUAACCUAUCAACAUACAACCUGCUGUUCUAAAUUUAUUUACUUAACGCUUAUUAUUUAUUAUGUUGUGGAGACAUCCUUAACGAAACUAAAGUUUUAUUCGGCUGUUUUACUGGAGUUAUGGCUCUUUAUUUUUUAAUCAUAUGUAAUAAAGAGCUUACUCUAUGAACCUUCAGUCCAACUAUUCGAAGAAAAACGAGAGCUAUUCUACUCAUCAGCGAUUUUCAUAAAACUUGGGUCAAAUGAUCACCUCAUCAAGACGAUGUGCAGAACCCAUGAGUCAGCCUUGUCGGCUCAAGGUCAAGGGUUUGAGCCUUCCAUUAUGUGAUCGCUCUAUAUCACCUGAACCCCUUGAAGGAAUUUUAUGAAACUUGGGUCAAAUGAUCACCUCAUCAAAACGAAGUGCAGAACUCAUGAGUCAGCCAUGCUGGCUCAAGGUCAAGAUCACAACUUGGGGUGAAAGGUUUGAGCCUUCCAUAUUGUGUCCGCUCUAUAUCUCCUAAAUCCCUUGAAGGAUUUUCAUCAAACGUGGGUCAAAUGAUCACCUCGUCAAGGCGAUGUGCAGAACUUAUGAGUCAGCCAUGCCGGCUCAAGGUCACGGUCACAACUGAAGGUCAAAGGUUUGAGCCUUCCAUUUCGUGUCUGCUCUGUAUCUCCUAAUUCCCUUGAAGGAUUCAUAUGAAACUUUGGUCAUAUGAUCACGUCAUCAAGACGAUGUGCAGAACUCAUGAGUCAGCCAUGCCGGGUCAAGGUCACAACUCAAGGUCAAAGGUUAUAGCCUUCCAUUUUGUGUCCGCUCUAUAUCUCCUAAACCCCUUGAAAAUUUUUUAUAAAACAUGAGUCAAAUGAUCACCUCAUCAAGGCGAUGUGCAGAACUCAUGAGUCAGCCAUGCCGGCUCAAGGUCAAGGUCACAACUCAAGGUCAAAGGUUUUAGCCUUCCAUUUUUUGUCCGCUCUAUAUAUCCUAAACCCCUUGAAGGAAUUUUAUAAAACUUGGGUCAAAUGAUCACCUCAUCAAAACGAUUUGCAGGACUAUGUGUCUGCCAUGCCGGCUGAAGGUCAAGGUCACAACUUAGAGUCAAAGGUUUGAGCCUUCCAUUUGGUGUCCACUCUGUAUCUCCUAAACCCUUUCAAACUUGGGUCAAAUGAUCACCUCAUCAAGAACUCAUGAGUCAACCAUGUCCACUCAAGGUCAAGGUCAUAACUGGAAGGUCAAAGGUUUGAGCUUUGUUUCUCCUAAACCCUUUGAACGAUUUUCAUGAAACUUAGGUCAAAUGAUCACCUCAUCAAGACGUUGUGCAGAAUUCAUGAGUCAGCCAUUUCAGUUCAAGGUCAAGGUCACAGCUAAAGUUCAAAGGUUUACCCUUUCACUAUCCAUAGCAGUGGUGGGGGAUUUAGCUGUCUUUCAGACUGCCUUGUUUUUAAAGUUUUGCCUUUAUAAUAAUUGCACCUUUGAAUGAAACUUUACACAAGACUUCGUAGUCGCACUACUAACAUACAUGUAACCAAACUAGAUAACUAAACUAAAUAACUAAACAACUCACAACUAGAUAACUAAACUAAAUAACUAAACAACUCACUGGUUGAUUAAUUAAUUUGAUUAAUUUGGGUUUUACGGUGCACCGACACGGUAUAGGUUAUAUGGCGCCAAACUGGACUACACAUUUUGGUUUCACAUCUCGUUUACAUCGAAAUAAAAACAUGAGGUAUGGAAUCAAAAUUUGCAUACCUGCUGGAAUCACAGAGUUACAGCAAAACCAAGUGUUAAGACCCUAUUAGUCGCCUCUUACGAUCAUGCAAGGGUAAGACAGUGGUUCCAAUUCUUUUCAUACACAGAUCGUCCUAGAACCACAUGGGGCAACUCACUGGUUGAUUUAAUACAAAUAAUGGAGAUUUUUCAUCUUGUAAAAGUCAUUGCAUGCACCUACCCGUAUCUCAUUAUAGUAUUGAAGUCUCACACAAUUCUUGCCAGUCAUCUGACCUACUGAAAUAACCAAAGUAGAUAAAUCUUGGUUGAAUUUAAUUCAAGCUAUGUCCCUUUUUUUUUACUAGAAAAAUUUGGUAGAAGUUUUGCAUGCAGGAUGUUAUUGCCAUAAUGAAAUUUUAAUUGUACACCCGAACAAGGAAGUUGUAAGGGGGUAAACUGGUUUUAGGUUGUCUGUCUGUCUGUCCGUGUGUAGACACAAUCUUGUGCGCACCAACUAUUUUCAUCCCCAUGUUAAAAAAAUGCAGUGUUACGGGAUUUUUUUGUUAUCCUAUAUGCAUAGAGUCUGCAUAUGCAGUAUUGUGCGCGCCAACAUUCAUCAACUUCAGUGAUAGCUCUAGUUCGUUAUGAAUUUUAAUAAAAUAACUGAGUUAUGGACGGUGAGAUUUUUAUAGCUGCGAAGUGUUGCCAAAUUAUGGCCGUUAUGGCCCUUAUUCAACAAAGACGCUGUCGAAUAGUUGAGCGCGCUGUCUUAUAGACAGCUCUUGUUAUAAUAGGUAGGACAUAGUGCUUUCUGUAUGAAGUCUUGUUUGUUGUAUUCCUUGUCCCAAAUUUACGAAAGAACUUAAGUAAUUACUUAGUUAAGUCUGUCUGUUAUUUUAAAAUCGUGUUUUUGCCUAAAGUAUUGUUAUAAAUGUUGAUUUUUUUCUAUAACAUUGUAUUUAUAGCUAAAUUAUACUGUAGUUAGUAGUAUUUGUUUGCAGUACUUAUUUCAGUGACACAAAUAUGGUAUUUCUAUAUAAGCAUGAUACAACGAACUUAAGUAUUUGCUUAAGUAUAUUUCUCAUUUCUAUACUUCGUUUUCUGUAAAAUUCAGAGUUGUUUUGUUAUGGUCUAUGAAAUAAUCUUAUACAGAUCUGAUAUAAAUGAAAAAAGUCAACAUUGAAGACGCAUAAAGGACAAAAAAAACAACAAGAAUUUGAUAUAACAGACCUAGCUAAGCAAUUACUUAAGUUAUUUUUUCAUGAAAUUUUGGUAUUCCUCUAUAGCUCAUGUUUUUAUUUCGAUGUAAAUGAGACGUGGAACCAAAAUUCGUAGUCCUUUUUGGCGCCAUAUAACCUAUACUGUGUUGGUGCGCCGUAAAACCCAAAUAAAUAAAUAUGUAAAUGGUACGCGGAACGAGACUCAUAACACCUCCACUAAAGGUUCAUAAUGUCUGCUAAUAAUGAGGCUGCCAUGUUUCUCUUGUGAACAUAAAACAUAUAUAUUUCUUGUUCCAACAUAGUCGCGAUAAUUAUUUUCUCUAAUAUUUGUAGGGAAAGAAAGUUUUAAUGUGUGUAAUACAUAUUUACUUGUAAAAUGUUCAAAGUUUUAUUUGUGAAUAUUGAUUAAACAUAGUAGAAA